ACACAGACUCACAUAGACUCACACAUUCAUAGCUCCUACCACACCUGCCCGCCAUGGCCACCUCCACCAUGUCUGUCUGCUCCAGUGACCUAAGCUAUGACAGGCGGGUCUGCCUGCCCGGUUCCUGUGAUUCUUGUACUGACUCCUCCUGGCAGGUGGAUGACUGCCCAGAGAGCUGCUGUGAGCCCUGCUGCUGUGCCCCUAGCAGCUGCCAGCCAAGCUGCUGUGUCCCCAGCUGCUGCCAGUCCAGCUGCUGUAUCCCCAGCUGCUGCCAGCCAAGCUGCUGCCAGUCCAGCUGCUGUGUCCCCAGCUGCUGUGCCCCAGCCCCCUGCCUGACCCUCAUCUGCACCCCAGUGAGCUGUAUGUCCAGCCCCUGCUGCCAAUCUUCCUGCUGCACACCCUCAUGUUGCCAGCAGUCUAGCUGCCAGCCAGCUUGCUGCACCUGCUCCCCCUGCCAGCAGCCCUGCUGUAUGACCCUCUGCUGCAAGCCUGUCUGCUGCACACCCAUCUGCUCUGGACCAUGCUGCCAGCAGUCUAGCUGCCAGUCCUCAUGCUGUCAAUCCCCCUGCUGUGUGCCUGUCUGCUGCAAGCCUGUGUGCUGCACACCCAUCUGCUCUGGCUCCUCCUCCUCCUGCUGCCAGCCCUCCUGCUGUGCUCCUGUGUGCUGCAAGCCUUGCUCCAGCCUGUCCCUGCUGUGUCGCCCUGUGUGCAGACCUGCCUGCUGUGUGCCCACCUCCUCCUGUUGUGCCUCCUCCUGCCAGCCCAGCUGCUGCCGCCCAACCUCCAGUGUGUCCCUGCUAUGCCGCCCUGCCUGCUCCAGACAGGCCUGCUGUGGACAGAAGUCCAGCUGCUGA